AUGAUUGUUAUGGCCUUCUUAGUGGAAAGGAUUUUUUCAGAGCGAUCGGGAUGCAUUGAAAAGCCUUCAGGAACAGCUAGAUGUUGGUGUUAUGGUCAAAACAAUUGUAAUACGGCAAAAAAUAUGAAAAAAAUAUAUCGUGCUUUCAAAGCAGGAAGCAAAAGCGAGUUGGAACGAGUCAUUGAUGAAAUUGAAAAUUCAGGUAUACCUUGCUAA